AUGCCUCCGGCCCUUGACCUCGGCCACCUCAUGCUGAUAGAUGCGGAGAAUUCAUUCUCUCUAAAUAGUAUUGAAGGCGAGCGUCUUGCCCUCAAAACGGCAAUUCGAAACUUUCAGCUGCUAAGCGACUCUUUAUCCCAGCUCCCUAGAUCAAACGAAGAGGAGAUCGGCACUUCUGUGAUGCUGCCAAAUCCGAUUCUUGCACUUCCAAGGGCAUUUCCCGCACCCAUUCCCAAGUCUGAAAAGCCACCGACCAAGUGGGAGGCUUUUGCAAAGAAAAAGGGCAUAAAGCCAAAGCACAAGCGAUCCUCGCACGUAUUUGACGAUAAAAUUUCGAAAGAAUGGAGGCCUCGACAUGGGUCGAAAAGUGCAAAGAACGAUGCCCUUGCCGACUGGGUGACCGAGCUCGACUGA